AAACACUUUUCAUUGGUACUACUUGAUAUCAACUGUUCAGGGCAUGUGAUAAACUCUUAAGCUUAAUCAAUGAUGAACUGAGAUGCUAUCAGAUAUAAGGUGCCAGUAAUCUGUGUUCUGUGAGUGUCCCUGUACCUCAAUAUACCACACGGCCACGACGGCCCCCUAAAAUAGGGGACAUCAGAAACUGUCACUUUGAUCGAGGGCAGGACGGUUCUGAAGAUAUGAUCGACAAGCCAGAACUGAAAAUAGCAGAAUUAACAGAAAAUCAAAAGAAUGUAUUAUUUCAACAGAAAGGUAUCAGCACAGAUGACAUUUAUCAUAAAAGUCAUUCGGUACCAAAACAGGUUAUAGAAACUGAUAUUGAAAACGAAAAAGAAAAUUACAAAAAUUCUGUUAAAAGUGUUUUACAAAAUGGCGAUAUUCAAGUGCAUAGAAAAUAUCCUCUUAGACGUAAAAGUUCCAAUAUUACAAGUGACUCAGGUCGAAGUUCAACAAGUGAAACUGAGGAAAAUAUAGAUAGUGUGUUUCAAGAUAAUAUUGUAGAUAUAUAUAGAAGGCAUAGUAUAGCAAUUGUAGACUCUACAGGACAUUUAAACGUUCCUACGCUAGUUGACUUUACCAAUCCGGAAUUACAGACUGGGUCAUCCUACACGACUCUAAGUUCAGAAGGUGCUAACCCUAAUGGAACUGACGACUAUAGUACGACUAAUGUGAUAAAUGUGCGAAGGGCACCGAAAGUUGUUUAUAGUCAUUCAGAGGAUAGAUUAACAACAUCCAAUGCUAGGAGACCUAUAUUUCCUUCAUUGCCAUAUUCACCGUACGGGUCGCCAACAGGUUCCCCGCGAAGCUCUCCUCGAUUACGCCGACAGCCUACCAUGGAGACGCAUCGAGUGUCUGUGUCGGAUGGGGAUGGCUAUACCCAGUUAAAUCAGUACAAACUCAAGGAUGAAAUAGGAAAGGGAUCUUAUGGAAUAGUAAAAUUAGCAUAUAGUGAAGAAGAUGAAACUCAUUAUGCAAUGAAAAUCCUCUCCAAGAAGAAAUUGAUGAAGAAAGCUGGAUUUUUCAAAAGACCUCCUCCAGUGAGAGAAGGUAAAGCAGCACAUGUCCCCCCUAAUCCAUUAGAACGUGUAUAUAGAGAGAUAGCUAUAUUAAAGAAAUUAGAUCAUCCGAAUGUUGUCAAAUUAAUAGAAGUAUUAGAUGAUCCUGAAGAAGAUAAUCUUUAUAUGGCUUUUGAGCUUGUUGAAAAGGGGGCUGUGAUGAUGGUUGGUACAACUCAAGCUUUUUCCGAAGAACAAGCGGGAAAUUAUUUUCGUGACAUAGUUCUUGGACUUGAAUAUUUACAUCAUCAAAAAAUCAUUCAUCGUGAUAUCAAGCCGUCAAAUUUACUGCUGGGAGAUGAUGGACACAUCAAGAUUGCUGAUUUUGGUGUUAGUAAUGAAUUUAGUGGUGGAGAUGCCUUCCUUUCUAACACUGUUGGUACACCUGCAUUCAUGGCACCAGAAACUCUAAGAGAUGACAGAGAGAAGUAUGGAGGAAAGGCGUUAGAUAUCUGGGCUAUGGGAAUAACUCUAUAUUGUUUUAUAUAUGCUAAUGUGCCUUUUAAGGAAGAAUAUAUUCUAGGUCUUCAUAAAAAAAUACUCAAAGAUCCUGUCAAAUUCCCUGACAGUAUCGAAGUAUCUGAUUCAGUGAAGAAGUUAAUAGUAAGAAUGUUAGAUAAAAAUCCAUCAACAAGAAUUACUUUACCAGAAAUAAAGGAGCAUCCAUGGGUAACAAGAGAAGGACAGAUAAGUCUACCUUCAGAAGAAGAGAAUUGUAUAUUAAUUACUGUAACAGAAGAAGAAAUAAUGAAUGUUGUUAAACAUGUGCCUAAACUUGAUACACUUAUAUUUGUAAAGAGUGUGCUGAAAAACCGUUCCUUCCGAAAUCCUUACAGAGAUAAAGAGAACAUGACGAAGGAAGAAUUUCAGCGUAGUGGUCGAUCUUACUCAGCUCCCGAAUCAUUUCAUCAUAUAGUUAAAAGGAAAAUAUCAGCAGAUGCUCAUAUUAUAGAACAGACAGUUAUCGAAGACUCAUGACAUUCCCUUUCUCGGCAGCCUUGAUCACCAAGCCUCACCCCACCGCCUUAUUUUAUUCAUAAUGCAUUUGUACCUGUAAUUCCUGUCUAUUGAAGUUAAUUUAUAUGGUAUUAGAGAUUGUUUAUGACAUAGUUUUAUUAUACUUUACAUGUUUUAAUCCACAAUAUUUCUUUUGUAACAUAUUAGCAUUUCAGAGAAGGACUGGGUGGGUCCAGCGCUCCCUCUACCCCUGGGUACGAGGAAAACUUUGAAAAACGGACUAUGACGGUGCUUUCUAGAGUAUGUCCCGAUGUUACUAGCUUAUGCACAAAUUUAGUGUGGGACAGUUGUAACAAUUCAACAAAAAUGAGAUAUAUUCAAGACUAAAAACGGCCCUCAAACCAUGUGAGAAUAUAAACAUCUUUAUGGCCAUCCAAGCCUACCAUACUUGCAGGAACCUUCUCAGUCCAUCCCUGUAACACUUUCCAGACCUCCAUUCAGUGACGGAUCAUGAGGUUGCGGGCUCCAGUGACAAAAUUUCGACCUGAAAUGGUGGUCUGUGGAGUAUAUCCCGGGCGGAAACGUUGAUAUCAAUUCUUUUUUCUGACCCUUGGGGUCCCCCUACCUAAUAAUUUCAAAACUCAUUGAAAAGAGGCACUCUUUUUCACGAUUUUUGGGAAAUUGGUCCUCAUUAUUUCUUGCCUCCAUUGUUUCCAAACUGUUUGAAUAUUCCUUACAGUUAUCUUAAAUAUGUUGAAUAAUAUUUAUUUGUGAAAGAAGAAAUUAAAUAUUGUUUAAAAAUAAUUUAUAUAAAGAUAUUUUGCUUUGGGUUUACUGAAGGAAAACUGCCAGUUUUGCAAAAGAACUCUGAAAUUUCUUUUUGCCGUUAAUUAUAAUUGGGAUCUAGUUAUUUGUACAUAUUGUUAGUGAUAUCAAGACAUUUAUAUUCAUGUUCUGAUGAUUGUUAGAAAUUUUAAGAAUAAUUUAUAACCCAACAAUGGCCAAAAAUUGAGAGCUAAUGUUAAUUGCAUGAAUUCUGGUACUAUCCCAUGGUACUGUAUAUCAUCUGCUGAGUUGAGAAUACAAGGUUUUCAUACAUCUAUAGCAAUCGUGAAUAAUUAAUUCUUUCGUGAAGAGAAAAAUCUUUUGUAUUAGUUUAGAGUUUCUGAAAUCUUGAGAUUGCAAUAUUGCAUUGAGAUGUCAGGGUUCUUAUUCCUGGCUGGUUGUUUGGGUUUUUAUUCCGGACUGAUUUGUUAGAAACUUAUUUUUAGCAGAUCUGUCAUUCCUGUGAAAGGUACCUUAAAUAAUUUCUUUAUAUAUAAUUAAGAUAUGCAAAUUAAAAACAAAAGAGUUGGGCCUACAGAUUUUUGAGGUAAGCACCCAGAUAUUAUUAACACUGAGCACUGGCAAACAUUUUUUAGCAAAAUGUUCAGGGCUGUCUUAAUGCAAGGGCAUAUUGGGCAAUUGAUCGGGGGCUCCACAGGCAUAUGGGCCCCAUGCUAAGCUUGUAUGCUAUGUAUGUUGCUAAUUGCUGUCAAUAAAUUUGAUCAACCUUUCACAUUUUAUACCUGUGAGUGAUUGUGUAGGUAUAGGCCCCAAUGCACAACAUUGCCCAGGGGCCUAUAAUGCAGUUAAGACGUCCCUGAAAAUGUUUGUAAUUCUUUUUAUCUUUCGACUUACAUUAUAUGCAUCGCCUCUUUGAGACAAGGGUCCGAGUUGCCUCAAUUGAAGGAGUUGAACUUACUCUUGUAAUCGGAAGAUGUAUUAUUAUUAUUAUUAUAUGAUGUUUUAUAUCUUUUUAUUAAUCUUUAUUAAUCGAUUUUUCAUUGUUUACCGAAUAUCCCUUUUUUGUAUAUUAAAGGGAGUUGGGUUUCUUAUAAUCAAUCUUUAAGGUUUAAAAUUACAAAACCCAAAAACUUACAAAAACCCAAACAACUUUAAAAGGGUUAAAAAAGGGUAAUUUGAGAUAAUAACUGAAGGUUUAUUUUUACAUGAUUGUUGGUCGUGAAAUCUUUUUUACAUGAUAAAGAAAGAUCCACACAGCUUGUACUUUAUUCAUAAACUUUACAUUUGUAAAUGAUUUCUAUCAAUUGUGUAUAUAUAUAUUGUCUGUAUAUCAUUGUUAUUUCUAAACUUUUUAAAGCUUUUUAUUGUUUCAAGCAUUCCAAUACUGUACAUAUAUGUUGUAUAUUAUAUAAAUUUGUAUAUUUACUGUUUAUUAUUAUUAUUGAUUAUAUGAAGCUGGAUAUUUUGAGAGUGAAUAUGUCAAACCAUUGUAUAAAAUCUGCUUAGGCCACACCAAUUUAAUUUUCUGUUUUUUCGAGAACACCUGUUAAAGAUUUUUCUUCUUAUUUCUUCGUGAUAAAGACUAAUUUAAAUCCAAAAGUACUUCCACUGUUCAACAGCUUUUAGUUCCAAAUUUUUAAGUUUUGAAAUUUUAAACAAAACAUCUUUCACAUGAUUCAAGUGGCCAUUUAAUUAUCAAGACCCCGAAGAACAGAAAAGGAAUUUGAAGUGGCCUAAACACUCUUAUUUCUAUCAAUUUUAUCAAAAAUCUCAGGAUUGGUUGUAUUAUAAAACAAUACAUUUGUUUAUAUAACUAUAUCAAUAUCAUCUAGUGUGGUUUCUUCUUAUUUCACGAUUUAACACUUUCAUAAGCGAACAAUAUUUUUUUUUUUUGUAACAUUGCCAUAAGUAUUAUUCAUAUUCAUGAGAAAAAAUGGUUAAAAACUUCUUAAACCGAACUGAAAGUAGCCAAAACAAUGAUAUUAAAACAGAAGGUUCAUUAUAAUCCUGGUUAUCAAGACUGGGUCGUUAUUAAAUAAGGCUCAGUCUACAUUUAUAGUCUUGGUUAUCAAGACUGGGUCAUUAUUAAAAAAGGCUCAGUCUAAUCUUGGUUAUCAAGACUGGGUCCUUAUUCAGUAUGGCACAAUAUUAAGUUUGGUUAUCAAUAGCGGAUCCUUGUUAAAUUCAACUCCCUCCAUGUCUAUGAUCGCACAUAACCAUAUAUUUCUAUGUAUAUCAGUUAAUGUUCCAUUGUCAGUAAUUAAUUCAUCUAUUCUAUCCAGUAAACGUAUUUUUAUCUGAAAAUGGGAUAUUUCUAAUGGCCAGGAAAAAUUCAAUUAUAGACCCAAAUUUCAUUAGCCUUCAAUAAAUUUGAAUAUUUUACUUAAAACAAACUUUCAACCAGUAGUUUGGCCAUUUGUUUUUGAGUGUGUGCUGUAUUCACAUGUUGCUUGCACGCUCAUACACUUAUUGUCUUAUAACAAGAAAGGUGUGGCAUGAUCAUGGCACUUAAUAUUUGUUUUAUUUAUAUGAUUAGAAUUUGCAAGAAAUAAAAUUCUCUAGUAAGUUUGAAUACUGAUAUAUUUUUCAGUUAAUGGUACAUUCAAACACUGGUAAAUUCUUUAGUAAGUUUGAAUACUGAUAUAUUUUCCAGUUAAUGGUACAUUCAAACACUGGUAAAUUCUCUAGUAAGUUUGAAUACUGAUAUAUUUUCCAGUUAAUGGUACAUUCAAACACUGGUAAAUUCUCUAGUAAGUUUGAAUACUGGUGUAUUUUUCCAGUUAAUGGUACAUUUUAACACUGGUAAAUUUUCUAGUAAUUUUGAAUACUGGUAUAUUUUCAAUCUAAUGGUACAUUUGAAUACUGGUAAAGUUUUCCAAUUAAUAGUUAGUUUGAAUACUGGUAAAAAAUUUCUAAUUAAUGGUUAUGCAUCUACAUUGACUGUAUAUUUUGGACCUGGGGUGACAUUUUACUGAAGAGUCUGAAUGAAUGUUUGUCAGUAAAUAUAAGGAGUAAAGUUUACUUGCACUAAAACACCACCAUGCAAUAUUUUUACUUUUUUUAUACUACCUUAUAAUAUAUUGUAAAUAUAUUCAAAUUAUUUUUACACUUAUACUACACAAAAUACAUAUGUAUAUGUUACACUUCAAUUUCUACAUUUUCUUUCCACUUUUUUUCAUGAAUUUUCUCCACAUUUUUGAUGAAUAUAUCAAUUUUAUGUAAGGAUUAUAGUUAUAAUAUAUCGACUGCUGUAAAUGUAAUUUUCAGAGAAAGUUUUUUUUUUUUUUAAAUAUCUUUAGCUUUUCAACUACAUACUUCUUCUGGGUUUUUUAAAAUCUUUUAUUCCAUUGUUAGUUAUUCAACAUUUGUUUUCCUCACAUAUUUCUUAUCAUACCAUUUUAACUUUGUGAUUCUUAAACCUUUAACUGCCAUAUCAGACCUCAAGCAUGCAUUUUUGUUUGAAUCCAUAAAGCUUUUCCAAACAUCUCAUUUAGUAGGUGAAAUCAUGUAAAAAGAAUUCUUACUCUGAAAUUCCGUGUAGCAAAUCAAAGUUUUCAGUUGUCACAGAAAUUUAUUGAUUUUGAAGUUGCCUAUUUUUUUAGUUUCAAUUUGAUGUAGAUACCUAAAAAAGCUAAAAUGAUAAAUCUAUAUUCAUCAAAAAGCUACUAUCCUUCCUUAAGUUUCACAAGAAUAAGAGCCAGGUCACCAUUAGGCCGCUAUAUUUCUUCAAACUUAACAUGUAUCUGAAAUUAGUAAUUAUUUCGAAAGCCCUUAUUUUUGUUAAAACCUUAUUAAAAUCAGAAUAUAAAAUUGUUUUUCAACAUAA